CAAAUCGCGCAUCAUUCUUUGGAAACCUUUAAGUCCUAAAAUCCGGGCAAAGAGAAUAAAAUCAUUAUCAUGGACCUGAGGGAUUUUUACCUGUUGGCUGCUUUGAUUGCCUGUUUGAGACUGGAUUCUGCUAUAGCUCAAGAACUUAUUUACACUAUUAGAGAGGAGCUGCCUGAAAACGUACCCAUAGGGAACAUACCAAAGGACCUGAACAUUUCUCAUAUCAAUGCUGCCACGGGGACCAGUGCCAGCCUUGUCUACAGACUGGUGUCUAAAGCAGGGGAUGCACCUCUGGUCAAAGUGUCCAGUAACACUGGGGAAAUCUUUACGACAUCUAACAGAAUAGACAGAGAAAAACUUUGUGCUGGUGCUUCGUAUGCAGAAGAAAAUGAGUGUUUCUUUGAACUUGAAGUGGUGAUUCUCCCCAAUGACUUUUUUAGGCUGAUCAAAAUAAAAAUCAUUGUAAAGGAUACUAAUGACAACGCACCUAUGUUUCCGUCCCCUGUCAUCAAUAUCUCGAUCCCAGAAAACACUCUGAUCAACAGUCGCUUUCCAAUCCCAUCAGCAACAGAUCCUGACACGGGUUUCAACGGUGUGCAGCACUAUGAGUUGUUAAACGGGCAGAGUGUGUUUGGACUGGAUAUUGUAGAAACUCCAGAAGGAGAGAAAUGGCCUCAGCUAAUCGUGCAGCAGAACUUGGACAGAGAGCAAAAGGACACCUACGUGAUGAAAAUCAAAGUGGAGGAUGGAGGUACCCCUCAGAAAUCCAGCACAGCCAUCCUGCAAGUCACAGUAAGUGAUGUCAAUGAUAACAGGCCGGUGUUUAAAGAAAGUCAAGUAGAGGUUCAUAUACCAGAGAAUGCCCCUGUAGGCACCUCUGUAAUUCAGCUUCAUGCUACUGAUGCAGAUAUAGGAAGCAAUGCAGAAAUCAGAUACAUUUUUGGUGCCCAAGUUGCCCCUGCAACCAAAAGAUUUUUUGCUUUAAACAACACCACAGGGCUGAUUACAGUGCAGAGGUCCUUAGAUCGAGAAGAGACUGCUAUUCACAAAGUGACAGUGUUGGCUAGUGAUGGUAGCUCUACACCAGCCCGGGCCACUGUUACCAUCAAUGUCACUGAUGUAAAUGAUAACCCUCCUAACAUAGACCUCAGGUAUAUAAUAAGUCCCAUCAAUGGCACAGUGUACUUAUCUGAGAAAGAUCCCAUCAAUACAAAGAUUGCCCUAAUUACAGUCUCAGAUAAGGACACUGAUGUGAACGGCAAAGUGAUCUGUUUCAUUGAGAGAGAGGUCCCCUUCCACUUGAAGGCAGUUUACGACAACCAGUACUUGUUAGAGACCUCUUCCUUGUUGGACUAUGAGGGCACCAAAGAAUUCAGCUUUAAAAUUGUUGCUUCUGAUUCUGGCAAGCCCAGUUUGAACCAGACUGCCCUGGUAAGAGUUAAACUGGAGGAUGAAAAUGACAACCCUCCAAUUUUCAGCCAGCCUGUAAUUGAGCUGUCAGUUUCUGAAAACAACCGGCGUGGUCUAUACUUAACAACUAUUAGUGCCACAGAUGAAGACAGUGGGAAAAAUGCAGACAUUGUGUAUCAGCUUGGCCCUAAUGCCUCCUUUUUUGAUCUGGAUCGAAAGACAGGAGUUUUGACAGCCUCCAGAGUUUUUGACAGAGAAGAGCAGGAGCGUUUCAUUUUCACUGUUACAGCACGAGACAAUGGCACCCCUCCUUUGCAGAGUCAAGCAGCCGUAAUUGUUACUGUGUUGGACGAAAAUGACAACAGUCCCAAAUUUACUCAUAACCACUUCCAGUUUUUUGUAUCAGAGAACUUACCAAAGUACAGCACAGUGGGGGUGAUCACAGUGACUGAUGCAGAUGCUGGGGAAAAUAAAGCAGUGACCCUUUCCAUCCUGAAUGACAAUGAAAACUUUGUGCUGGAUCCAUACUCUGGAGUUAUAAAGUCCAAUGUUUCCUUUGAUCGAGAGCAGCAGAGCUCCUACACUUUUGAUGUUAAGGCAGUGGAUGGAGGGCAACCUCCUCGCUCUUCUACGGCAAAAGUAACCAUAAACGUGAUGGAUGUUAAUGAUAACAGCCCCGUUGUCAUCUACCCACCUUCUAACACUUCUUUUAAGCUAGUGCCACUCUCAGCAAUUCCAGGAUCUGUGGUAGCUGAAGUCUUUGCUGUGGAUAUAGACACUGGCAUGAACGCUGAGCUUAAAUACACAAUUGUAAGUGGAAAUAAUAAGGGUUUGUUUCGGAUUGAUCCAGUGACAGGUAAUAUCACUCUGGAAGAAAAACCAACUCCUAAUGAUGUGGGGCUGCAUCGCUUAGUUGUCAACAUAAGUGAUUUGGGUUAUCCCAAAUCCCUGCAUACUCUUGUGCUUGUGUUUUUGUACGUAAAUGAUACUGCUGGAAAUGCUUCUUAUAUUUAUGACUUGAUACGCAGGACUAUGGAGACACCUUUGGACAGGAAUAUAGGGGACAGUAGCCAACCCUACCAAAACGAGGACUAUCUCACAAUCAUGAUUGCCAUUGUGGCGGGUGCCAUGGUUGUCAUAGUGGUGAUAUUUGUCACAGUUCUUGUUCGCUGUCGCCAUGCAUCCAGAUUCAAAGCUGCCCAGAGGAGCAAGCAAGGUGCUGAGUGGAUGUCUCCCAAUCAAGAGAACAAGCAAAACAAGAAAAAGAAAAGGAAGAAAAGGAAAUCUCCGAAGAGCUCUCUUUUGAACUUUGUGACCAUUGAGGAGUCCAAACCUGAUGAUGCAGUACAUGAACCUAUCAACGGGACAAUAAGCCUUCCAGCAGAGCUGGAGGAGCAAAGUAUAGGAAGAUUUGAUUGGGGCACAGCACCACCAACAACCUUUAAGCCUAACAGUCCUGAUCUUGCCAAGCAUUACAAAUCUGCCUCUCCGCAGUCUGCUUUUCAUCUCAAACCCGACACUCCAGUUUCAGUGAAAAAGCACCAUGUGAUUCAGGAACUCCCGUUGGACAACACCUUUGUUGGUGGUUGUGACACCCUUUCCAAACGCUCUUCCACUAGUUCAGAUCACUUCAGUGCCUCAGAGUGCAGUUCCCAAGGAGGCUUCAAGACAAAGGGCCCCUUACACACCAGACAGUGCACAAGUCAUUCCUCUUCUGAUAAUGGUCCUGUUACCCCUUGUCCUAUUACUACAAGGUUGCAUAUUCAGGAAGCUGAAACAAAUCACUACAAUUCCCAGCGCCGUGUUACAUUUCAUCUCCCUGAUGGCUCCCAGGAAAGCUGCAGUGACAGUGGUCUGGGGGACCACGAGCCGGUGGGUGGUGGAACCCUGAUCUCACACCCUCUCCCUCUGGUUCCACCACAGGACGAAUUCUAUGACCAGGCUUCACCAGACAAGAGGACUGAAGCUGAUGGCAACUCCGAUCCCAACUCUGAUGGGCCUCUUGGGCCACGAGGAUUGGCUGAAGCUACAGAGAUGUGUACUCAAGAAUGCCUGGUUUUGGGUCACUCAGACAACUGUUGGAUGCCUCCCACCUUGGGCCAAUACCAACAGCCAAAGUCUCCUCUGUCCACCUUCACAUCUCAGAAAGAAUGGGUUAAGAAGGACAAACUAGUUAAUGGACACACAUUGACCAGAACCUGGAAAGAAGAUAGCAACAGAAACCAGUUCAGUGACCGAAAGCAGUAUGGUUCCAAUGAGGGCCAUUUCAACACUGGCAAUCACAUGACUGACAUUCCUCUGGCCAACUUGAAGUCUUAUAAACAGGUCUCAGGAGCUGUUGAGAGUCCAAAGGAGCACCAGCUAUAAGAAAUGGUUACUUUGGACCAAUGACUUUAGCCUAUUUAGACUUGCUAAUACUAUGUGUGUGUCAGAGCUUUAUGUACUGGGUAGACCUCUAGAACUAUGCUUCACAUAGCAGAGAUAUGCAUAUCUUUAGGUUAGCACCGUGGAAGGUAUGAUGUCCUGCAACAUGAAAGAGUGUUUCUACUAGUUGUGUGUUUUUGUUAAAUAGAUUAAAAUCUGAAGAAAUCUCUCCAGUUUGCAAAUAUCCUUUUUUUCUGUUUGUUUGUUUUUUGACCCUGGACUGCUGCUAUGAACAGAAGAUGCACUUGGAGAGUGAGAGAGCAAGAAAGUUCAGUGGAUUACAAUGAUUGAAAAGCAUAUCCAGUUAGAAAAUUGUGCUUUUGUUGUCAUUGAUCUAUGCCUGGGACCAUUAUACUUGAUAACAUAUUGCAAACAAAACAACUGAAACUGUAAACAUUAAACCUAUUGUGCUAUUAACAAUGUUUGUGGACACUUAUAAGCAGAUCAGUGUUCAAAUACUUGUAAAUAGAAACAAUUAUUACUUACAAUUUUUGUGUACUUAUAACGUUCACUUGAAAAGAUACUGUAGCAUAUUUCUGUGUUUCACAGUUGCUUUUUACUUCCUUUCAUUUGCUUCCUGUCAUUUGCUUUUAUUUUCAGUGAUGGUGUUUCUGUGUUAGUAGUCUGUCUGACACACAAUGUUCCAAGGAACUCAAAACACUUGUGUUAAAAGAGAAAAAAGGAGUGAUGGGGUGGGAAUGAAGGUUGGUCAUAGAAGGGAAAAAAGAAAAUCUAUUUCAUUCUAUGUAGUAGCAAA